AACAAAUUGCUCCAUUUUGAUAUUCUCCAUUCAUUCAUUCGUUUCUCUGGAGUCUUGAGUGUGACUAGUCUUUGACUGUUCCAAAGCUUCUCUUUUCCGAUGGACUCGCCGUCGUCCACGACGCGUAUCGCGGCGAGAUCGUCGAUGAUUGACUCGUUCCGGAGCUGCGGCUUGUCCGGGAUGCGAAUAGACAAGGAGGAGCUCAAGCGGCGACUCUCGAUACCGGAGUACCUGCGACACGCCCUGCAUGACGCCAUUAAACGGAAGAGCGUCGACGAGGCUGAGACGGAGAGUCAGUUAAUCGUUGACGGAAACGACGUCGUUGAGGCCGAGCCCCCCGAGGCGCCGGUUGUUGUGUUUAUUAAUUCGAAGAGCGGUGGACGGUACGGGCCGGAGUUGAAGGAAAGGUUGCAGCAGUUGAUGGGCGAAGAACAGGUUUUUGACCUAUCAGAAGUGAAGCCUAACGAAUUUGUGCAGUAUGGAUUGGGUUUCUUAGAGAAGUUAGCCGAUCUUGGGGACACAUGUGCCAAAGAGACUCGUCAAAAGAUAAGAGUUGUGGUUGCAGGAGGUGAUGGUACAGUUGGUUGGGUUCUAGGGAGUCUUGGAGAACUUAACAAACAGGGUCGGGAGCCUGUUCCUCCUGUAGCAAUCAUUCCGCUUGGCACUGGCAAUGACCUGGCUAGGAGUUUUGGUUGGGGUGGUACAUUUCCUUUUGUCUGGAAAUCAGCUGUCAAAAGAACUCUCCUAAGAGCCACUUCAGGUCCAGUUUGCCGUCUAGAUAGUUGGCAUGCUGUAAUACAAAUGCCGUCGGGAGAAGUUGUGGAUCCACCCCAUUCUCUGAAACCUAUAGAAGAGUGUGCUCUUGAUGAGGGUUUGCAGAUUGAGGGGGAUUUGCCUGAGAAAGUUGUUAGCUACGAAGGAGUGUUUUAUAAUUAUUUUAGUUUAGGAAUGGAUGCUCAAGUUGCUUAUGGCUUCCACCAUUUACGUAACGAAAAACCUUACCUUGCACAAGGCCCAAUUACAAACAAGCUAAUCUACUCUGGCUAUACUUGCACUCAGGGUUGGUUUCUCACACCUUGCAUAAGCGAUCCAAGUUUAAGGGGACUGAAGAACAUCCUAAGGUUGCAUGUUAAGAAGGUCAAUUGCUCAGAAUGGGAGCAGAUUCCAGUUCCUAAAAGUGUGAGGGCAAUAGUUGCUUUAAAUCUUCACAACUAUGCAAGUGGAAGGAACCCAUGGGGUAAUUUGAGUCCGGAGUAUUUGGAGAAGAAAGGAUUUGUUGAGGCCCACGCUGAUGAUGGUCUCCUAGAAAUUUUUGGCUUGAAGCAAGGAUGGCAUGCAUCAUUUGUUAUGGUUGAACUCAUCUCUGCCAAACACAUUGCUCAGGCUGCAGCCAUUAGAUUAGAAAUUAGGGGUGGGGAGUGGAAAGAUGCAUAUAUGCAAAUGGAUGGAGAACCGUGGAAACAGCCGAUGAACACAGACUACUCAACGUUUGUAGAAAUUAAGAGAGUGCCAUUUCAAUCUCUGAUGAUCAACGGAGAGAAAUUAUCUGGCAUUUAGUUUAUCAGGUUUGGAUUCCUAUCCCUGGGUUGCCGAGUCUUCGUGCAGUUAAGACCUAUGUAAAAAGCUUGAUUGUCACCCACAGGAAUGUAGAUUAUGCUGAAGUGCCCAAGUUGUUAGGGGCUGUAGUGUAUUAAUUUAACUCAGUUGUUAGUAAUGAGGUUCCGAUCCUUUUUAGGUUGUGAAUACUUGAUUCACGAAGGAAACAUUUUUGUUGUUUUGAAAAAUGAAUUCUUUUAUCUGUUAAUAUUUUUAUUGUUGACUUUGCUAAGCAAUUGAAACACUUGGGACCCUUUGUUUA